AUGGCAUCUGGAGCCAUCGUCCAACAACACGCGCGCGUCUCAUCUAACAACGCCUUUACGGACUCCAAUCCCUUAUUAGACCUACUCACCAACUCCCUCGUCUUACACCAAACUAUUCCAUACCUACCUAUCUCGAGUAUUCUCAACCUUGCCUCGACUUCGCCGUCAUUUCGCGAUCUACUUUUAUACCGCACCCCCGGCGUCUUCCGACAUCUCGACCUAACCCGAGUUAAGAUCGAUCAUGGCAAUGAGAUCUGGCCUAACGCCCAGAUUGACGAGAACAUAACUGAAGACGAUUUCUACUCGGGUCCUCUACGAACUAUCUUCCGCAGCAUCCGUCGACACGACAUUUUACACCAAGUCCAAACCCUCGUCCUCGACGGCCUCUCCGUUACCGCCGAGUUCUGUAACGACAUCCUUGUUGACCCCACCUUGCGUAUACGCAUUCUGUCCAUCCGCGAUGUGAAGAACCUCAACGAACGCAAGCUGAUGCAAAGCUUGCGCUACGCUUGUCGAUCUACCCGGCCCGAUGAAACGCCUCGAUUGAAGGCAUUAUACGUAUUUGGAACGAAGGACGUUCCCGCGAUACCUAUCCCGUUAGUCGCUAGACAGCAUGGCACCGCCCGAAGAGGUGCUAAGAUUAGUAUUGGCUGGAAUCACAAGUCUCAACAUGCGCUGAACGAGUCUAUCCAGAGUGAAGGAGACGAUUGGUACCAUAAGAAGGGCCGCAUUAUAGGAAAACACAUCGCGGACGGCUGGGCUGAGACAAUCCUUUACUGUCGGCAAGUGAUCAAAUUUGAUGCUGUACUCUGUACAAGUCCUCGUCAUCAGAAUUCAUCCGCCUUUGGAAAGGUACCAGUUACGCCGCGCGGAACAGCGUCUAGCAACGAGAGCCCAUGGAAUGUUGCUACCUUCGCACUCGGCGGAUGUGCGUCCUGCGGAACCGCACCGGAGGGGUUUACGGUCUAUGGGGACUCACCGUCGGAGGAAUUACCUCUAUUGGCACCUAUUCCGCUUCAUUCGUCGACUAUCAAAGCAGCAACGUGCCCGAAGUCCGACUUUAGAUCCGAGGGGACAGAGGGAGCGCAUAAGUUCAUCCCGAGAUGUCUAGAAUGCAUUCGCGAACGGUACUGCUUCAGCUGCGACCAGUGGUGGUGCGAAGCCUGCUACCAAGUACCAAGCCGUCAAGAGAUAAGUGGCCAGCUCGUGCACAUCGUCGGUCAGACCAACGGCAUAACGGAGCAUGAAUCGGCAGCUCUUGAGCCGUCUAACGUUAAGGUACGGAAGGGUUACUGUCCUAAUUGCUACCUAACAUCCGCGGAGGCAAAUCCAGAAGUUCGGAACCCCUUUCCGCCCUGA